AUUAAAUUAUCGCAGGCUGAAGAAUAGGUACCUAGAUAUGAUAAAAGCAGAUCAAAAUAUUACGAUAUUCCAAAGAAAACAAUGAACAUUAAUUAAAGUUGGAUAAACAGUAAACAUAGUCGUAGAAAACUAACCUAAAACAUUUGUGAUACUACGUGCGAUUAUAACAAAUCGACUGAGUGAUAAUAGUUGUUUAAUUAAUUAACAUUCGAUUUCACGAAACGGUUCGACCUGCGAAAAGGAGGAUAUUUUUACGAAAUGUACGCAUUGACCCACAAAACUGAAAAUGCACACGAAGACAGCGUAUGGACCUGUGCCUGGGGUUCCAUGAAGAAGAAAAGUGACGCUGGGCUGGAUAAUGAGAAUUCAAGAGACUCGAUGCGAUCCAAUGAGGACGAGACUCCAGAGUAUAUAGUGACCGGUUCCGUUGAUGACAGUGUCAAAGUUUGGCAAGUAUCCAACGGCGGUCUAAAGUUGAAGCACAAAUUGACUGGACAUUCCCUAGGCGUUGUCUCAGUUGCUGUUAAUUCCGACGGAACAAAAUGUGCCUCAAGCUCAUUGGAUUCAAGUCUUAGACUUUGGGAUUUAGACACUGGUGAAAAAGUGUCCAGCAUAGAUGUUGGCCCUGUAGAUAUUUGGACGGUGGUUUUCUCGCCAGAUGAUAAAUUCAUCGUUUCCGGAAGUCAUGCCGGAAAAAUUCAUCUGUAUGGAACAGAAAGUGGAAAACAAGAACAGACCUUAGACACGAGAGGUGGAAAAUUCACGUUAAGCGUUGCAUAUAGUCCCGACGGAAAAUAUAUAGCCAGUGGAGCUAUAGAUGGAAUAAUCAAUAUUUUUGACGUGGUGCAUGGAAAAGUACUACGAACACUUGAAGGACACGCUAUGCCAAUCAGAUCUCUCAGUUUUUCACCGGACUCUCAACUUCUCUUAACUGCAUCUGAUGACGGACACAUGAAACUGUAUGACAUAAAAGAUGCUAAUGUCGCGGGUACUCUUUCGGGUCAUGCGUCUUGGGUACUGGGAGUGGCAUUUGCUCCUGAUGGGCAAAAGUUUGCUUCCAGUAGUUCAGAUCACACUGUCAAAGUGUGGGAACUAGCCCAGCGUCAAUGCCUUCAUACAUUCAAUGAGCACAAUGACCAGGUAUGGGGAGUAAAAUAUAGUCCUGAUAAAAAUAACAUGCUCAUGUCAGUGUCCGAGGACAAAUCUAUCAACCUUUACGAUUGUCCUGUAUGAAGAUUUAUAUGUCUACAAUGUACUGUGAAUAAACAAUUUUUUUUAAAAAU